GUUGCGUUGCUUCAAUGUCUCGCAGCGAGAGCUGCAAACAAGCGUAAAGAGCCAUUAGAGCUCUAGUGGAGGCAAAGCAAAGCACUGUUCCCCUGCAGCUCGCUUUUCUGCGUGUGUUUGGACCUAAAAACGUCGCUUUCUGGGAAUCUAUCAGUCUGAAAAUCAAGGACUAGCUGUAUUUCAACACCCCGGAUCGAAACCCGAGGCGAAAUGUGGUUUUCCCAGCCGCUUUUGUCGCUGGAUAUGGAGUAGAUCUGAACUGUUCUCAUGCAACCGGCCUGGCUGUGGAUCUCCAGUGUGUGUGAAUGUGUGUGUGCAUGGGUCUGCGUGUGUGUGGAUGUGUGUGUAAGCCCAGCACAUUUCCUUGGAGGGUUGUUUUAGUGUCUUUUGGAUCUAUGGGAUGCUUGUAGAUCGGGCUGGAUCCUCCGGGGGGGCAACAAUGUGGGUUACUGGGAAGGGGAAGCCAACAGGACCCUAAGGCUUGUGUAGAUGUGCCUCCUGACCACCCGAGUCGUCUGAGAAGGUCAGACCUCACUGUGGCACCCUUGGGCCGCUGGCACUAAGAUGUCCCUCAGUAGUGGCACUGCAGGCGGGAAAGGUGUGGACUCGAAUGCGGUGGACACUUACGACAGCGGGGAUGAGUGGGAUAUUGGUGUAGGCAACCUGAUCAUUGACCUUGACGCAGAUUUAGAGAAAGACAAGCUUGAGAUGUCCGGCACCAAGGACGGGGACGGAAUGGCUGCUGCCUCCAGUGCCGUAGCGGCAUUGCCAGACAACAUAAAGUUUAUUAACCCGGUGCCGCCUCCGCCAAUUAAGGACAGCAAAUCCAAAGCGAAACGUAGCAAGAAUUCCAAGGACAGUACCAAGUCCUCAACCCCAGAUGGGGUCAAGAAGGAUGCCCAGGGACGGACUCAAAAUGAGGGCGCUGGGCCAACUGCUGGAAACCUACCUUCCGGGAAAGGUUCUGAUAAAGCUAACAAGGCCUCCCGUAAUGUUCAGAGUGGAAAAAAGGACAAGGAGGCUUCUGGGAAAAGUAAAAAGGAGAAAAACGAAGGAGUACAAACUGGGAAUGUGCCCUCGGAAAAGGACUCGUUGGUCCAGGUGAUACCUUUGGGCCAGGCACGCAAUACCCCAUUUGAGGCGACGCAAAAUUCGGACCUCGUUGGUGCUGACCAACUAGGGAAUAUAACCCUUGAUACCACUGGAAUAAUCACACCUUUGGCUAUCAAGAGUGAGCCAGAAGAAGUGGAAAAUAAUGAUUGCAGGUCCAUGAAGAAAGUGAAAAGCGAGAAGAUGGAGUCUCCGGUGUCGACGCCGGCUCCUCCGCCGCUCCACCUCCUGGCUCCAGUGGGGAACAGUGAAAUCUCCUCCUCCUGUGAGCAGAUUAUGGUCCGCACGCGCUCAGUAGCCGUCAACACCUCAGACGUGGCUCUGGCUACUGAACCCGAAUGUUUGGGUCCCUGCGAACCCGGAACCAGCGUCAACCUGGAGGGCAUCGUCUGGCAGGAGACGGAGGACGGUAUGCUGGUGGUGAAUGUCACCUGGAGGAACAAGACGUAUGUGGGCACUCUUUUAGACUGCACUCGACAUGACUGGGCGCCGCCACGAUUCUGUGAGUCGCCAACAAGUGACCUGGAGAUGAGAAACGGCCGUGGCCGGGGUAAAAGAAUGAGACCCAACAGCAAUACACCAGUCAAUGAGAACAGCAACUCUUCUGAUAACAAAGGCAGCAACAACAGCAAAACACGGGCCGCGUCCAACAGUAAAGGCCGCCGGGGCAGUCAGAACUCCUCAGAGCGCCGCACGCCACCAAACAGCAACACUGAGGACGUAAAAGCCAGCCCAUCCUCUGCUAACAAACGCAAGAACAAACCUCCCUCAGACAUGGAGCCCAAUUCCAGUUCAGAGGACACCAAGGGCAGCAAACGGAUGCGCACCAAUUCUAACAGUGGGAUACCUCAUACUGUUCUACCCCUUUCCAAUGUUAAAGCGGAAUCAUUGCCACCUUCAUUGGACCGCAGUUGCUCCUCUCCAGUCCUCAUCGACUGCCCGCAUCCUAACUGCAAUAAGAAGUACAAGCACAUCAAUGGAUUGAAGUAUCACCAAGCCCGUGCUCACAAUGACGACGACGUCAAGCUAGACAUAGACGGCGAUAGCGAAAAUGGCGAGGAUUCGACUUUGCAUCCCGAGCCAGGCAGUUGCAACGGUGCAUCUAUUUCCCAGAAGGGUUGUGCAUCUCCUGCACGGUCAGUCACUCCAAAAGGACGAGGAUUUGAUGCUCAGAGUCCAUCGCCGUCUGGAAAGAUGAGCUCCAAACAGCCUGGCAAGAAAAAAUCAGAUGCAGAGCAUGACUCUGGAAUGCCUAUGGAUGGUUGUGAGGAUGGACCGUGUCUUACUGAUGACACUAGCAAUGAUGGGAUCGAUGAUAAAAGAGGUUUGGAUAAAGCUAAGAAGGCUGGGAGUGGUUCUAAGCUUGCUCAGAAAGCAAUGAAGUCUGCAAGACCACCGCUUGUUCCCUCAAUGCCUACGCAGCAAUUGUACAACUUGCCAGCCUCUGGAUUCCCGGCGCCCAGUUCUGGAUCGUCCACAAGUAUGGGUUCUGUAGUGGUUCAGCCGAUAAGUAAAAGCCCGCAGCUGAAAAACAUUCAACCCAAACCUGCAGUCAUAGCAGAUCCGGCAAUGAACCAAGCUGUGAGUGGCUCCAAGGACAAGAAGAAGAAAGAUAAGAAAAAGAAGGAGGGUGGAAAGGAAGGAGACAGUCCGAAAGCGAAAGGAGGGAAACCUGAGGAAGGUAAAAGCCCAUAUUCUGAGAGUUCAGACCAAGGCGGGAGGAAUGAAGGGAUGUUAAAUGGAUCCUCAGAUCCACAUCAGAGCCGCCUUGCAAGCAUGAAAGCUGAAGCCGACAAAAUAUACAGCUUUUCUGACAAUUCCCCUAGUCCUUGCAUUGGUGUGGCUAGUCGGAUAGAAACCGGAGGGAUCGCACAACCUUUAACUCCACUUCACGUGGUAACCCAAAACGGGGCGGAUAACUCUUCUGUGAAGACCAACAGCCCAGCAUAUUCUGACAUCUCUGAUGCAGGCGAGGAUGGAGAAGGUAAAGUCGACAGUACGAAAGUCAAAUCUGAAGAUCCGGCAGUUCGGGAAGGUGCCAAGAAAACCCUGUUCCCAUCCCAGCCGCCAAACAAAGACUCCUCCUAUUAUCCAGGUUUUGAAUACUACUCCCCUAAUAACAACACUUACGGCAACCCCAGUCCAGGAGUCUCUAAUACGGCAACCUCCCUGCAAGAAGGUCCGGUAAAGGUAAAGAAAGAAGAGGAGCCAGAAUUGCAAGGCAUUGAAAAACCCAAAUCAGAGCCUCCAGAAGAUCGAAAGCCAGACGUUGUUGUUGGAUCUUCUCAACAACAGCAGCAGCAGCAGCAACAACAGCAGCCUUCAGUUAUCCAGCAGCGUUCCAGCAUGUUCAUGCAACCGCUUUAUUAUAAUCAGUAUGCAUACGUGCAUCCCUUUGGAUAUUCUCCAGAUCAGGCCUAUCACAACCACCUGAUGAACCCAGCGUACAGACAGCAGUGUGAGGACAGACAACGACAAGUAGCCGAGCAACAUCGAGCCUCUGAGAAAAAAUCUGAAGCCGCUCAGAAAGAGAGGGAAGCUCAGAUGAAGCCGGAAGAGUGGAAACAGAAAGCUUCAGUUCCUCCUACGUUGUCUAAAGCUCCAAGUGUUUCAGAUUUGGGCAAGCCGUCUCCGCAGGGCAAGCCCAAAGAGUCUGCCGAGCCUGGCAAAUCAGUCAUUAUUCCUAAAGGGGAAGAAGGCAAGGGGCCGAGCCAGCAAGGUGAAGGGUUGAAAAUGAAGCUGAGUGAAGCAGGGCAUCAUGGGAAGGACGAGCAGAAACCAAGCCUGGAGUCUGGAAGAUCGGCUAUGGAGCAGGCAAUGUACAUGUAUAGACAGGAGCCGGAUUCUCGAUUGUGGCCCUAUGUUUACCCCAGCAAGUACCCUGAUCCUCAAAAACAAAUUGACGAGGAGCGAUGGAAGGAAGAGCGAGAAAGGGAUCGCGAGCGGGAAAAGGACCGAGAUCGAGACCGAGAACGUGAGAGAGAACGAAAGAGUAAAGACGAAAGGCAGCGUCCCAAAGACACGCCAUCGAAAGAGGAAAACAAAGAAGAACCACGAACUUCAUCAUCCGCAGAGGAGCACAGAGUCAGUAAAGACCCGCGAGCACACAUGCAGUUUUCCACACCUCUGGCACAGCAUCAGUCCUAUAUGUCUUACAUGCACGGAUACCCCUAUGGACAGGGUUACGACCCCAGCCAUCCAGGGUACAGGGGUAUGCCUGCGGUUGUGAUGCAAAAUUACCCUGGAUCGUACCUGUCCCCAGGCUACUCAUUUUCUCCAUACGGCAGUAAGAUGGCGCCGGGUGAAGAGGCUGAGAAAGCUCGAUCCAGUCCCACAGUGAGCGGAAAAUCUGCAUCUGAGUCCAAAGCUCUGGAUAUGCUCCAACAGCACGCUAGCCAGUACAAGAGCAAAUCGCCCACAGUGGCAGAGAAAACGACCCAUGACCGAGAGCGCAGUGGAGCUGAGAGGGAGAGAGACGGAGAACGACCCAGAUCUUCACCCUCGCAGCGGAUGAUCCCGUCACAUCAUCACCUCGGAUAUCAGCUGCUGCCGGGACAGUACGACCUGUCCUACGCUACAGGUAUCUCCUCUUCAGCCAUUGUUGCUAGUCAACAGGCCUCUGCCCCUUCACUUUACCCUCCCGCACGGAGGUGAGAAUGGGAGACGUGAGCGCUUUUCUGCAGACGUGUGACUGGUUCACAUGAGGACGCGGUUGGGGAGCUUCUGCCAUCAGUUCAAUGAUGUGCUGGGUUUAUUUACGCUAUUUUUUUCCCUGCAUCUUUGACCACCGGCGUCAGAGAAGGGGAAAGUGUACAGCCUCCAUCUACACUUCGCACAUCCUCGCUCCCUGUGCUGCUGGCAUCAUCUUCAGGAGAGCGGAGAUACGGCAGAGAUCUACACCUCGCUCCCCGGAUGAACGCGGACCUGCAUAGUGUGUGGAAUCUCAGAUGAACGUUCUGGAAGUCACUACGUUGAGUUUAAAGCUUGAGCGAAGCGGACUGCUGCUCGAGAGGAUUACUGUUUUUAGAAUUCCUGCGUGAUAUAAUUCAUACACAGCCUCUGUGGACUCUAUGCAAGUGGAAAAGGUUUGAUUUCCUCACUCGGUUCAUUCAGGGCAGUGCAGUUCGUCUUUUAUUUACUGUUGCGAAGCCGUCGACAGUUCAACAGGCUUUUUUAAACGCACUUCCCUGUCUAAACGUCUAGAGUUUUUGGAAAAUAGGCACAUUUUACAGCUCCUUGUUGAAUGUUUAAUCCAUUCAGUCAAUCUAUGGGUCUCACAGGAGCACUUUUAGCUUAGCUUAGCAUAGAUCAUUGAAUUGGAUUAGACCAUUAGCAUCUCACUCAAAAAUGACUAAAGAGUUACGAUCAUAUAAAGCUUGACUCUUUUGUAGUUGCAUUGUGUAUUAAGACUGAUGAACAAUGGAAAGUUGCUCCUUUUUAGGUAAUUAUGACAAGAAACUGAACUCUCGUUCAAUAAAUAAGGAACUUUAAUGCUGUACCAUGGCUUAAGCAAUGCAAUAUUACACAGCACCUGAAAAUAGUCUUGGUAUUUAUGAUAUUAUUACUAAUAUUUAUAUUCAGGCACUAUAUAAUAUCAUUGAGCUGCUUUAGACAUGGUACGGCAGCAAAGUUCUUUGAUUAUUACGCCAGAUUAAGAUUUUAUUUUAUUAUUAUUUUACUUCCUAUCCAUAUCAACCAACAAAGUAGACUAAAACUAUAAAUUUUCUGUUUAUCUUCGUACAUGAUGUGACUACAGAAGAGUCAAGCUUUAAAUAGGACAAUAAUCCAAGCUCUUUGGUCAUUGUUUUGAGUGAGAUGCUAAUGGUCUAAUCCGAUUCAAUGCUUUAUGCUAAGCUAAGCUAAAAGUUCUCCAGCAAGACCCAGAAGUCAGCUAAAUAUGUUAAAAUACUCAACUUCACCUCCAGGAGAGCUGUAAAAUGAGCCCAUUUCCGAAACUAAAGUGAGGAAUUCCUUGGAUUUCCUUCAUGCUCCUUUUGUUUUUCAUUUAUGAAUGAUAAACCGCAAAUCGCCACUCCCAUGUUUUGUUCUCGAAUAGGCAACGACGACUCCUCUGUGAUUUUUGACCGAUUUUGGAUUAUCCAUGUCUGAUGGAGCGCCCCACAAUGCAGAAACUGUGGCUUCCAGAUUGGACGCAAUCCUAUAAGAUGGUCGUUUGGGACACAUUUAUAUGUGUAAGUGUGUGUGUGUGUGUUUGCCAAUGGAGUUACCAGACUCUACUGAACUGUCUGGUCACGAACUGAAUUUUCACACACGGAUACUUCAAUAUGCUGCUUGCCAAUCUCAAAACAAAGCAAACCUUGAAGGCUUAGAGCGAUCUGAGAUGGAAAACCCCAAAAGAAGCGUCGAUCCAGACUUCUUUAAAGACUCGCAGAGCCCCAACCGAAGAAGCCGGACCCCCACUUCUCUGCAUGGUUUGAUCCAGCACUCAGCAUUAACCCAAACAGAGCAAUGCAACACGUGCAGGCGUCCUUCCUUUUCUCCCUCACUAUGUGCUUUCUGUAUAUAUUGUACAAAGGAAUUAUUUUAAAAAAGGUUGUUGGAUGCUAUCGGAUUUUCUUACUAUCUCUCUUUGUUUUGUUUAUUUCGUCUGUUAGCCUUUUUUCUACCAUUGUUGACAUAAUAUCAACGUUUAGCUGGUGUACGGCUUUAUAUUGGACGUUUUGUUUGUUUUUUAACUACUUUUUCUACCCCUCCUCUUCAACGUCACGUCAGUCCCACGCUGCUUGGAGAGCAUUUAAAAGCACAUCUGUUUGUUUUUGUGUUGCGUUCACUGAAAUAAAGGCGAUUUUAAUCAAACAUCUCCUCCAAAAAAGAAGCAUAAGUUCAUAUUUCAGUAGGGAGUCUGCUUGGAGACUAUAGAUAAUGAAGCGAUGGCCUAUCAGGGGUGUCCAAACUCAGUCCUGGAGGGCUGGUGUCCUGCAGAUUUUUGCUCCAACUUGCCUCAACACACCUGCAAGGAUGUUUCUAGAAUGCCUAGCUUAAUUAGCUAGCUUGUUUGUGUCUGAUUGGGGUUGGAACUAAACUUCGCAGGACACAGGCGUUCCAGGACCGAGUUUGGACAUGCCUGGCCUAUUUGGAGUUUGCUUUUUUGGGUCCAGUUCAACGUCAUGCAGUUAUUGUGCGAAUCUGAAACUCUCAGGAGAGCAUUAUUGAAAUGUGAGCCUUCGAAAUCAUCCUGGCGCGUUCAUACUCGAUUAUUGGACGACACAGGGAAGACGACAUUACAUAACGCAAUGCGUUAAGCUUUUUUCCCGAUGUUUUACAUGGCAGUUUUCAUCUCCAUAUUGAGUAUAGCCAGAAAUGUUCAGCAUAUGCAACUAAUAUUUUUCUAGAUUUUUAAUUUGACGUUAAUUUCGAAGCCUCCACCGUCCCUUCGUCUAAUUUGAACUAAUGCUAACGAGGCCUAAUUGCACAUUGAUUUAGUUUAGUCUUUAAUCUCUCUGUGGUGAUUGAAAACCUUCUGAUUUUAGAUCAGCUAAAGAGCUACUGGUCUCAGAUCAGCCUCGAAAAAGGCUCGCGCUAAUACGAGAGAGUUCGCAUUUUUAUAUAUAGUAAUAACUUCACUUUUAGUUGUCUUUGCGGCAGUAAACCUGUGCUGUCUGGUGACUUGAUUCAGAAUUGUUGAGGAUAAAGCGCUUGAUUGUUUUAAUUUAUUUUUCGAGGGUUCUUCUAUUUUUUUGUUGUUGUUGCUGUUGUUUUUUCUAGUUCGUAGAAAGGUGAAACGGCCGGUUUUUGUUUUAACAGUUCAAACAUUGGUUGACGUUUGUCUCAGACGGUGCUAAUAUAUAGCCUGCCCUGUGCAGUCCUCACGGGAAGAGAAGAGGGAGAUUUCGGUUUUGUUUUUCAGUUAUCUGUUCGUAUUAUUAGCCCCUCCCCCAACACAUCCUGCAAAUUAAGCCCCGCCCACUCAAGAUUCGUAGAGCGCAGCAGCAUCUCCGUGUGUCAGUCAUCGGUACUUGAAAGAAAGAUGUUUACAUCUCUUCAUUUCUGCGCUUGGAUCCAUUUCUUUUAUGCUACCUUUCCUCGCUGCCUCUGUCCCACUCUCUCUUCCUGGGGAUCUCUCGUGUAAAGUGUAAAUUGCUACAUUUUUUUAUACAAACUGUAACUUGCCUUUGUACAUUUAGGCAGAAAAUAAAUCUUUUUAUGAGACAAUCA